GCAGCUGCAGCCCAGACUCAGCAGCACAUCGGCGCCGGGAGUCAGUCAGGGGCCAGCAGAUCCCUAACAAAGACACAAUACCCUGCUCCACACUCACCCAGGACCACCUACCCAGCAGCAGCACAGACGACUCUCUACAAUGUCCUUGGGGAGAGACAUGGAGCUUGAACAUUUCGAUGAGCGCGAUAAAGCGCAAAGGUACAGCAGAAGUUCUCGAGCCAAUGGACUACCAAGUCCAACCCAUAGUGCCCACUGCAGCUUUUACCGAACCCGUACUCUGCAGACCCUGAGUUCAGAGAAGAAGGCCAAGAAAGUCAGAUUCUAUCGCAACGGUGACCGAUAUUUUAAAGGGAUUGUCUAUGCCAUCUCCCCUGAUCGAUACCGAUCUUUUGAGGCUCUACUGGCUGAUUUGACCAGAACUCUUUCUGAUAAUGUGAAUCUACCCCAAGGAGUGAGAACUAUCUACACAGUGGACGGAAUCAGGAAGAUCAUUUCCAUGGAUCAGCUGACUGAAGGUGAAAGUUAUGUUUGUGGAUCUAUUGAGCCAUUUAAAAAACUGGAGUACACAAAGAAUGUAAACCCUAACUGGUCUGUGAAUGUGAAGACAACUGCUAGCCCCCGUUCAGUGCAACCUCUGGCCACUCCAAAGCCUAGCACCUCAGAUGGAAGAGAGGGCAAAGAUUUCAUAAGGCCAAAGCUCGUCACAAUCAUCAGGAGCGGCGUGAAACCACGUAAAGCCGUCCGCAUUCUCCUGAACAAGAAAACAGCCCAUUCAUUUGACCAAGUGCUCACUGAUAUAACUGACGCCAUAAAACUGGAUUCUGGGGUGGUGAAGCGUCUCUACACACUGGAUGGAAAACAGGUGAUGUGCCUUCAGGAUUUCUUUGGUGAGGAUGACAUUUUUAUUGCUUGUGGACCUGAAAAGUUCCGUUACCAAGAUGACUUCUUACUGGAUGAGAGCGAAUGUCGGGUUGUGAAAUCUACUUCUUACACCAAGCUUCCUAACAUACCACGCAGAAGUACAACUAAGAGUCCAGGACCUUCCCGGCGAAGCAAGUCCCCUGCAUCGACCAGUUCAAUCAAUGGAACCCCAGGGAGCCAGCUUUCCACUCCUCGCUCGGGGAAAUCGCCAAGCCCAUCACCGACCAGCCCAGGAAGUCUGCGGAAACAGAGGGGCUCUCAGCACAGUGGCUCCUCUACCUCAUUAGCUUCCACCAAAGUAUGCAGCUCCAUGGAUGAGGGUGACCUCUUAGUGGAAGAUAUUAUGGAUGAAGAAUUCCAGGUACCAGUGUCUAUAGCAGAGAGAUACAAAGUUGGAAGAACCAUAGGAGAUGGAAAUUUUGCCAUAGUUAAAGAAUGUAUAGAAAGGUCAACUGGCAGAGAAUAUGCACUGAAAAUCAUCAAUAAAAGCAAGUGCCGAGGAAAGGAGCACAUGAUCCAAAAUGAGGUCUCCAUCCUGAGAAGAGUGAAGCAUCCCAACAUUGUCCUGCUCAUUGAGGAGAUGGACAUGCCCAAUGAGCUGUAUCUUGUGAUGGAACUUGUUAAGGGAGGGGAUCUGUUCGAUGCUAUUACCUCUACCAACAAGUACACAGAGCGGGAUGCCAACGGCAUGCUGUAUAACUUAAUGAGCGCCAUCAAAUAUCUGCACAGCUUGAACAUUGUCCAUAGGGAUAUCAAACCCGAGAACCUGUUGGUGUAUGAGCACCAGGAUGGGAGUAAAUCUUUGAAGCUUGGAGACUUUGGACUGGCCACAGUGGUGGAUGGACCUCUUUACACUGUGUGUGGAACCCCAACAUAUGUAGCACCAGAAAUCAUUGCAGAGACUGGCUAUGGCUUAAAAGUGGACAUCUGGGCAGCAGGUGUAAUUACUUACAUCUUACUUUGUGGAUUUCCUCCGUUCCGUGGAAGUGGAGAUGACCAGGAGGUAUUGUUUGAUCAAAUCCUAAUGGGCCAAGUGGAUUUCCCAUCACCUUACUGGGAUAAUGUUUCUGAAUCUGCCAAGGGGCUGAUCACCAGGAUGCUGCAGGUAGAUGUAGACCAGAGGUAUUCUGCUCUUCAGGUUCUGGAACAUCCAUGGGUGAAUGAUGAUGGUCUGCCGGAAAAUGAAUACCCAUUAUCAGUGGCUGGAAAGAUAAAGAAACACUUCAACACAGGUCCAAAACCGAACAGCACCACUGCUGGAGUGUCCGUCAUCGCAACCACCGCUCUUGAUAAGGAGAGGCAGGUUUUCAGACGAAGACGCAACCAGGAUGUGAUGAGACGAUUCAUGGCCCAGCCAGCUGCACCUGAACUCACUUCAGAGUCAGAGGACUAUUCACCAAGUUCAUCUGAGACUGUUCGCUCACCUAACUCACCCUUUUAAAGAAACACUUUAAGUCUUGGCUUAACCCUUCGAGACUUCAGAAUGAGAACAGGAAACACUUCUGGAAAUCUGUUAUGGACGUAUCCUCUCUUGAUAAUAAUUCUAGGUUUGAAAGAACAAAUAGCAGGGGUGAAAAUAUGACAUUGAGGACAUCUUUGUCCCAAUAGGGUAAAUACUUGUAAUAUCUUCUUAUGAAUGACUGAUUUAUGAAUGAAUAUAAGGCUGCUGUCUGUGGAGGAGGUGUUGAAGGGUUUACGUUUGCAUUGAUGACCACAUACAGCAACCAUGCAGAUUAUUAUGGGUAUAUCAUAACAUGUUUAGCCCGGAAUCAAUAGUAAAUAUACUGAUUGUAACUGAAAUAUAGGAGAAUGAUAGAAUAACAUUAUUGUGAAUUAUUAUAUGUAAUUUGAAGCACAGUCACAUUAUGGUGGGCAAUCUCUCACCCUAAUGUUUCCGAACACCCGUCUGCGGGGCCUUUAAUAGGCCAAGUCAUGAGUGUAUGCCUACAUUAGCACAGAUGCAUGAGAAAGAACAUAGGGAUUGCUACAAGUAUGGAGUGAUUGAAUCAGUCCUAACGUAAAUCCAGUUCAUGUUCCUAUCACUUCCAUCCAUUCCCCAGGGGGCCCAGCAGAAAAUUUGCAGAGUGGAUGUAUCCAUAAAACCUUGUAGAAAUCCAGAAAAUUAAAAUCUACAUCGUACAAAAGCCAAAAUGAUCAGUUAGUGGUUGUCUGUGAGCAUAUGUAGUCAUAAUGGAUGUCUUGGAUGCCGAUGCGUGAGCGACGUAUGUCCUUCUUGCCUGUCUUUCCACGUCUGUCAUACUCCACCAAGAAAAAAUAAAUUCAGAUUUUUUUUUUCUCGUUUGUCAUUUUAAAAUUAAAAUUUGAAUCCUCCGUCAUUGUUUUCAGAUUUGCUUUGAUCAUAACCCAUUUCUUCACUUUCA